AUGGCCGACAACAACGACAUCCCUCGUUCCCCCACGCAUCAUCACGAGCAGCAGCAUCACGAGCACGAGAUCAGCGCUGCCGCCGGGUUGGACAACGUCAACACUAGCCGCGAAUCGUUUUUUAAUAACGCCAAUCUCGGAGAGUCCCUCAGCAGCAAUAACAGCAGUGGCCGUGUCGGCACUGGUCACGAGAGGGGUUUUGUGCAGCCGGCUUCGUACCUGCGACGACGCGGUCUCUCACACCCAAUGACAUCGGCACAGCCCGAACGGGCGGUUGAUGCGGAGGAGCAGAUGGGAUUGCGCGCCAUUCGAAAUUUCCUCAAAGUCCGCACGAGUUAUGACAUUCUUCCGCUCAGCUUCCGCUUGAUCGUCUUCGACACAUCCCUGCUGGUCAAGGAGAGUCUGAAUAUUUUGAUACAAAAUGGCAUUGUGUCUGCCCCUUUAUGGGAUUCGUCCACGUCCACUUUCGCUGGGUUGCUCACAACGUCCGACUAUAUCAACGUCAUCCAAUAUUAUUUCCAGAAUCCUGCCACACUGGACAAGAUCGAUCAAUUCCGUCUCAAUAGUCUCAGAGAAGUAGAAAAGGCUUUGGGCGUAGCGCCUCCAGAGACGAUAGCAAUUGAUCCAGAGAGACCGCUCUAUGAGGCCUGUCGCAAAAUGUUGUCUUCUCGCGCUCGCCGUAUACCACUGGUCUCAAACGACAGUCAGACUGACCGGUCUCUUGUCGUCAGCGUUGUCACACAAUAUCGCAUUCUCAAAUUCGUUGCAGUCAAUGUCGCAGAGACACAGAAUCUGCGCAAGCCCCUCAAGGAGAUUCGACUUGGGACGUAUGACGACAUCGUCACUGCGUCAAUGGACACACCUGUCAUGGAAGUGAUUCACAAGUUAGUCGAACGCAGCAUAUCGAGCGUGCCAAUUAUCAAUUCAGAAGGCAUCGUAUACAACGUCUUUGAGGCGGUUGAUGUAAUUACCUUAAUCAAAGGAGGGCUGUACGAUGACCUAAGUCUCAGCGUUGGGGAAGCUUUGAAGAAGCGGUCGCCGGACUUUCCGGGCAUCUACACCUGCUCCAUCAACGACGGUCUGGACACUAUCUUUGACACAAUCCGCAAGUCACGGGUACACCGACUGAUCGUGGUGGAUGACCACUUCCGGCUACUGGGAGUGCUAACACUGAGUGAUAUCCUACAAUACAUCCUACUUGAAGGCGAGCCCGAGGAAUGUUGA